AUGCCUCGGUGAACACAAAGUACACCAAGAUAAUGUAAAAAAAUUAUUACUGCAAUUAGAAAGAGUAAUACUAUUUGUACAUCAACCGGAUGUACACCCACUGUAUAUGUAAAAUCCACGGUUGGGAUGAGAGAGGGGAAAGAAAAGAACAGCGGGGGAAAAGAGUGAGAAAAGAGAGGGAAAGCAGGAGGAGGAGAGAGCACGAAAGAGAGAAGCUGAGCGAGAGAGAGAAAGUGUGGGCACAGAGAGAAGCAGUUUGAGAAAAAAGGGAGGGCAGGAUCGUUAGAUUCUCUCAGCCUCACUUCUCAUCCCAACCGUGGAUUUUUAGAUUCUCAUGAUUACCCGCCAAAUUCAUUUCAAAACCCUUAGCGUAGUAUUACCCAAGCAACGGUCAAAUAGCCUAAUAAACUUUCGCUCAAUCAAUCAUGGACACCACCUGUUCGGUCAAAUUUCCCACCCAAACGCUGCCUACACUAACCGUUCCAUGCUCGACUGUUUGCGUAGAAAACUUCCCUUUCAAGCACUUGACAUCUUCAAGAAGCAGCUCCAAUUGGGUUUUGUCGACAAUGUUGAUAAAGUUACUGUGGCGCUCGCGCUCAAGGCUUGUUGUGGAGACCUAAAACCCGGGUGCCAAAUCCAUGGGUUCGCUGUUUCGUCUGGGUUUGUUUCGUACAUUACGGUUUCGAAUUCUUUGAUGAAUAUGUAUUGUAAAUCUGGAGAGUUUGAAAAGGCUCUAUGUAUCUUUGAGAAUCUUACUGAUCCGGACAUUGUUUCUUGGAAUACCGUGCUCUCGGGAUUCCAAAAGAGUGAGGACGCAUUGAGUUUUGCACUUCGGAUGAAUUUGAACGGGAUUGUUUUUGAUCCUGUGACUUAUACUACAGGUCUUGCAUUUUGUUCAGACGAUGAAGGUUUUCUCUUCGGGUUGCAAUUGCAUUCUCUUGCAUUGAAAUUUGGAUUCUAUUAUGAAGUUUUUGUUGGGAAUGCACUUGUAUCGAUGUAUUCAAGAUGCGGACGAUUAGUGGAAGCUAGGAGAGUGUUCGAUGAAAUGCCAAAUCGGGAUUUGGUCUCUUGGAAUGCAAUGUUAUCAGGGUACACUCAGGAGGGAGAUCACUGGUUAGAUGCAAUUUUGGCAUUCAUUGAAAUGGUGAGAGAAGGCAUGAAGCUUGACCAUGUCUCAUUUACUAGUGCAGUUUCGGCUUGUGGUCACGAAAGAACAUUAGAGCUUGGGAGACAGAUACAUGGUUUAGUUCUAAAAACAGGAUAUGGGAAACAUGUUUCGGUUUGUAAUGUUCUGAUCUCGAUGUAUUCAAAGUGCGAGAUUGUUGAAGAUGCAAAAUUGGUCUUUCAGAUCAUGAAUGACCGCAAUGUAGUCUCUUGGACUACGAUGAUUUCUGUAAAUGAAGAAGAUGCUGUGUCUCUCUUUAACAAGAUGAUAUUGGAUGGUAUAUACCCAAAUGAGGUUACAUUUGUCGGAUUAAUCCAUGCUAUAUCAAUCAGGAUUUUGGUGGAAGAAGGCCAAAUAAUUCAUGGGUUUUGUAUGAAGACAAGCUUUUUGUCAGACCCAAAUGUUGGCAAUAGCCUCAUUACCAUGUAUGCUAAGUUUGAGACCAUGCAAGACUCACUGAAGGUCUUUGAGGAGCUUAACUGCAGAGAAAUCAUAUCAUGGAAUGCUUUAAUUUCUGGGUAUGCUCAGAAUGGGAUGUCUCAAGAAGCCCUGUGCACGUUCCUUUCAGCAAUCACAGAGUCCAAGCCAAACCAAUAUACGUUUGGUAGUGUCUUGAGUGCAAUUGGAGCUGCUGCGGAUCUUUCUUUAAAACAUGGCCAGCGAUGCCACUCUUAUUUAAUAAAAUUUGGACUUGACACUGACCCAAUUGUGUCAGGUGCUCUCCUUGACAUGUAUGGAAAGCGUGGGAACAUUUGGGAGUCUCAAAAAGUUUUCAGUGAGACGUCCCAAAAAACUCAAUUUUCUUGGACCGCAAUAAUUUCUGCCUAUGCUAGGCAUGGAGACUAUGAAUCAGUGUUAAAAUUCUUCAAGGAAAUGGAGAGGGAAGGGGUGAGACCUGACUCAAUCACUUUCCUUUCUGUACUGACCGCAUGCAGUAGAAAGGGGAUGGUUGAUAUGGGCCGUCAGCUAUUCGAGUCUAUGGUUAAAGAAUAUCAAAUUGAACUGUCCUCAGAGCAUUAUUCUUGUAUGGUGGAUAUGUUGGGCCGGGCAGGACGGUUGGAGGAGGCGGAGAACUUGGUGGGUCGGAUUCCAGGACAGCCAGGAUUGUCUGUGUUGCAAAGCUUGCUUGGGGCUUGUAGGAUACAUGGGAAUGUUGAGAUGGGUGAGAGGAUCGCUGAUGCUUUGAUGGAGAUGGAGCCAAUGGGGUCAGGUUCAUAUGUGUUGAUGUCCAACUUAUACGCUGAGAAGGGGCAAUGGGAAAAGGUGGCAAAAAUUAGGAAAGGGAUGAGAGAAAGAGGGGUGAAGAAGGAAAUAGGGUUUAGUUGGGUGGAUACUAGUGAUGCUGGUGGUUCCUUGUACUUGCAUAGCUUCUCAUCAGGUGACAUGUCCCACUCACAAUCUGAGGAGAUAUGUAGGAUGGCAGGAUGCCUAGGAUUAGAAAUGAAAUUUUUGAGAGAGCGAGCGAGAGGGAGGGAAAGAGACCAUCUGCAAGAUAACCUCGUAGAAGAAGGGUACCUUGGUGCCCUUCAAUAUUGAGGGUUAAUUUACAUAUAAUUAUUUGAAUCAAAUUCAUGAUUGUAUUUCUCAUAUUUCCGGAAAAAGGAGGCUUUAUUUAAGCAGAUACUUUGGAGCCCCUCCUUGUACACCUGCUAGAUGCACCAUCCAGUCCUGGUUCCAGAGAGGCAUUUAAUAAUGGGUAAAAUACAUUUUACCCCAAAUUUACUCCCGAUUUGCAUUUCUACCACUAAAUUACGACUCGCUGCAACUCGAACCUGUAAACUACUAAAAUAUUUCGAGUUACAUCCUGAGUCCGAAUUGGUCGUUAGUUGACAUGUGCUAGUCACAUGCACAUGAAUCGUAUGGUUAUGGAAAGCAUGUUAAAGGGUACCGCUUAUGGGAUCUAGUUUCCUGCAAGAUAAUUCUUAGCCGGUAUGUUAAUUUUGAUGAGUCAAGAAUGCUAGGCAACAAGAAAUGAAGAUUGGAUAGUGUUACAUUUCCUGAUUUAAUUGUUUCCUGUCAAGGAAUGGUACAAAUCUGUGUGGGUAAGCAGUUGAAUAAGGUUAAGCGAAGUGAACUGUGAAGAUUUUGAGGAUUGAAAGAUCUCUAUUUGUUUGCUUUCCUGGUUUCCUCUCAUUUUCUCAGGAAACAAAAGGAGGAAUAAAUUGUAGGUGUGAUUAAGGUUUUGGUUGAGUGCAAUGACUUGGUGACGCUGAUUUUGGUUGACAAUUUGAUAUCAUGUCAGGGAUUUUGUUUAAGAAUCAGGAUCUUACAUUCUGGUGUUUCUGACACUGUACUUGGACCUGUUCACGGACUUUAUCUCCGUCUUUAACAUGGUGAUGAAGCUCGUGUUCAUAGGGAGCUCUGUGGCGAUCGUUUGGUGCAUGCGGAUGCACCAGGUGGUGAGGCGUUUGUAUGAUAAAAGCUCGAUACAUUUCGCCAUCAUUUUCUUGUCGCUGCGAGCUUGGCUUUGGCGCUUCUUGUGAAUGAGAAGUUUACAUAUAAAGAGUUAAAGCUAUUCUAAUUGGCUGGUCAAUCCUCAGUCCUUCCUGUUACAUAUCCUCUGGACAUUUUCAAUAUACUUGGAGGCAGUUGUGAUUCUUCGCCAGUUAGUUUUGCUACAACAAAGUGGAAACGUGGACAAUUUAACUGGGGCAAUAUGUGUUCUUUCUUGGGCAUGCUUAUUUUUUUUUGUAUCAGUGUAGCUCUUAGGAAUUCUCUUUAUCGUGAGUUGACAAAAUUAGAUUUUUUUUUUAAAAAAAAUAUUAUUGUGUUAUUGACUUUAUUUCUCCAUUAAAAUUUUGCUUCCCCAAAUGUGUUAUGUAUUAUGAUACUCAUGUGGUCCUAUACCAAACGUCCAUAGAAAACAAACCAUAUUGUUCACUCCAACAUUACACACAAUAUAUUUACUGUGAUCUCCCCCUUUACUUUAGUGUCUCAGUCACUUUGGUGCCAGAUUAAUAAUGGAAGCUCUAAUUUGAAAAUUUGUGUUUUGCCUAAUUGGAUGACGCUUGACAGAUUUUUGCAUUGGAUGAUGAUGCUUUAAGUAUCUCUUGUGGAAGAUAUAUCAGUAAGGCAUGCAUAAUUCUUAGCAGAUACCUGAGGAAUAUACAAUUUUUGUAUCGGAUGGGUUAUUAUGUCUACGUAUCUUACUUAGCACCCAAAGGAAUAUAAGAGUCUUAAGUAAGUGAUAAACUAAGGGGGAGGUAAGCAAGGUGUUCUGUUCAUGUACAAAGAAGACCAGUUACUAGUCCACUUAGUAGCGGUUGAUACAUUUUGAAGGUUCUGAGCUUUGUGUAAAAUAACAUUUAUGGAUGUUUCAGGAUAAGAUAUAGUUUCACCUAUCAAUACGACAUGUGAUAUAUAUGUGGGAGAUUCGGUUGUUUAUACUGAGACCCCUGUAGAUUUGGCACCUUUUACUGCACCCUGUUGUGUCUGGUUUGUACUACGUAAGGAUUGUUUCUGUUGCUCCUCAGUUUUCUUAAUGCUUCACUCUCUUUACAAAAAAAAGAAAGAAAGGGUGAUAUAUCUGGAUGAAUAUUGCAUGUACGUGCAUCAAUACCUGUGUUUUUCUUUCUUUGUGUUUAGAUGUAUGUUCUAUUGGUAAGUAACUUAAGAAAUAAGAAUUUUCUCGGAAAGGAAACACCCUUUACAUCCUCCAUUGUCUAUCUUUCGAGUAGUUUAAAUUUAGACCAUAGAUAUGGGUAUCUGUGUAACUGCAUGCAUCUAAAACUCAUAUUAUGCCAUUUCUUGGGUUUUCAGCUCGGAUAAGAAUUCUGAACCCAUUUGAGAGUGAUUUAAAUCAAACUCUCUCUCUCUCUCUCUACACACAUUCACGUACCCAUACACAUAAUAUAACAUUGUAGACAUACACUGGCACAUACAAACAUAACCAUAAUUUAUGGGAUGCUGCUUUUAAAAGCUAUAAUUCAUGGUCUUGCAUUUAUGUCUGACCUUUUUCUCUAUUUUGAUUUUUUCCCCUCCGUAAAUUGGGAGCCAAUUGAUAAUUUUGAGUGUUUGUGAAAUACAUCAUAAUAUUGCAUUUGUAUUGAGUCACUGAACCGACGGCAGGAGGCCUUUUGAUCCGCCACUAGAGGGAGCAAAAAAGGGGCUUUGCCCCCCUUUUUAACGCUCCUUGUGAUAACAUAUUAGCUUUCAAUUGUUAUGAUUUGGUGUUUCCUGGACCGUUCACUUCACCUUGCCAACCCAUUUCAACAUAGCCUGAAGGGUAUGUGUCUAUUGGAUACUCCAAUGUGGUGGAAAACCUGUGGAGAUGGAACUUUUGAAACUCAUGUCCAUGCCCAAACCUGACGCCCAUACCCUAGUUGAUGUAACAUAGAUCAAAACUAUGCAGCUUUGUGUAACAGUUUAACGUAUUGCUCCUUUCUUGUUUCUGUUUCUGGUUGAAGUGUAAACUCUCUAUUUACCUGGUUCUUAUAUUGUUUUCUAUGGCUGACAGACUCUGUCUCUGCUUCAUUGUUCGCAUAAGCAAGAAAAGAUAUAGCGUGCAUGUAUAUUAAUUGAACUUAUGGUGGGAGUACUCCUUAUUUUCGUUUUGCAGGGCAUAUCGUGCAUUCUGCACCCGUAACUGGAUAUACUGCUACUUCACACAGAGCUUGUAUCUCUGGUCUUGUUCAAACAGCUUUAUAUGCAGAUUUCUUUUGCUACUACUUUAUUAGCUGGAAAAACAAUGCAAAGCUUAAGUUGCCUGCUUUAACCAAGCAUGGAUUUUUGAAAAUUUGAAGCUUGUUUAAUUGAAUCAUUGUUAGCAUUUGCACAGCACUGCUGGCAAAUCGAACUGUAGGAUGAUAGCAGGAAGAAAGGGAUACAGGUUUCAUAGUUUUGAAUUAUAAGAUGAAUACCCCACGCCACACCUGUGGGUGAAAAUUUAGCAGGUUUUGGGUAGAAACACCCAUCUUCUAGGCAAUUUGUAGAUCAGAUUAAGCACCCCAUGUUUCUAUGAGGUGCUAGUUUUUGGGGUGUCUUUUCUUGCCGCUGCUUUUGACUGGUAAAGAUUUAUUGGGAGGAAAAAAUUGCUUAGCAAGAGUUGGCUAAUAUUAUACUCCAGAAUAAUGUUAAAUGUCACUCCCAUGUCCCCUUUGUCUCUAAAAAGAUUUAGUAGUGAUUUUAAAAGCUCCAUCGAUUUUUUAGGACAUAAAGAGGUUAUGGGUUUUCCAGGUAGCAUUACUUUACUCUACGGUGAAUGUUUAAUGUUUGGUGUAGA